AUGGCGUCGUCUGAAGAUAAAUCAAGUGGGCACUCCUUAGCAGCCCACAAGGAACUUGUGGACUGGGUCGCCAAGCACGGCGGUUGGAUCGCAGACAGUGUGACUGUCGCUCAAGAUGCUUCACGGGGUGUUCAUAUGCAAGUGAAGGCCGACCUAUCGGAGGCCAUCACCAAAGAUACACGGGUAAUCAACACGCCUUUGGGAGUGACGAUGUCCUACUUCAAUGCAAUCGACUACAAAUGUGCAAAGGGCGACUUUUCCAGCCAUGGUGUGGUGUUCCCAAGGGAAUUCAUUGAUGCCGUUGGCAAGGAAGAGGCUACGGCAUUUUUCUUGAUGGGCCAGUUCCUGCAGGGUGAGCGGGGAUUUUGGCAUCCCUAUCUGCGCACACUUCCCCAGCCAGGACAGCUGACUACACCGCUAUUCUUUGAGGAGCAAGAUGUGGAUUGGCUUCAAGGGACUGGUAUUCCUGAUGCGUCGGUUUUCAGGUAUAAGGAUUGGGUUGAAAAGUUUGAUCACUCGAUGUCUAAGCUCGAUGAACUGGGCUUUGAGGGCAUCGAGAGUUAUACUUGGGACUUGUACUUAUGGGCGUCAACCAUCAUUACUUCUCGUGCAUUCUCACCCAAGGUCUUGUCUGGUGCCGUGGAGGAUUCAGACCUGCCAGAAGACUCAGUGCCGGUCUUGCUGCCAUUGAUCGAUCUUCCUAACCACCGACCAUUGGCAAAGGUGGAGUGGCGCGCUGGGGAGAAAGAUGUUGGCCUACUUGUGCAGGAAAAUGUCGCUCCCGGCGAAGAGAUCUCGAACAAUUAUGGGCCCCGCAACAACGAGCAAUUGCUCAUGAACUACGGAUUCUGUAUCCUCAAUAACCCCACCGACUAUCGAAUUGUCAAAUUAGGUCUACCGGAAGACAGUCCCCUCGGCAAGGCCAAAGCUCGCCAGGUCCAAAUGUUCCCGGAGCUGGCCAAGAACACCGAUGACCAUUAUUAUAUAUUCAACAUUUUUUACCCUCUUUUGGCCCGCGAAGGCCCCAUGGAAUACUCCGUUUUCUCGCCAGCCCUUUUCAAUGCCAUCGCAGUCAUGCAAGCAAAUGAGCGCGAGCGCAAGAAGAUCGAGAUCACAGAGGCCGGAAUUUCCAUUCCAACUGGGUACGGCAGCGGGCGUAAUACACUGGCAGUGCUGGCGCAGAUUAGUUUCGAGCUCAUUGCGCAUAUUGCUCACCUUCAAGAAACCACGGAAGGUCUACCAGAGGAGCCGUCGAACUUGAAACAGAUCUUUGCACAAAUUUAUCGAAAUGGUCAAAUCACGCUGGAUAAGACUGCUCUAAUCAUCUCUGCGUGGUCAAUCUUGCGUGCGCGAGAACACCAAAGAAGCGAAUCUUGGCAAGAUAUUAAGGUCCUCCUCAGUGAACAUAUGGGCCGAAUCCCUGAGAACCAUCUCUCUGAUGAGAUCAUGUCCCGGAUCCGAGUGCGUGUACUGGAGAGACAGUCACUUCUCACCAAGAAUGGCGAGCUAUUCCGGCUGGGCGAGAUAUACAGCUUGCUUCCAGAGGAUAUGCAAGAACCGAGUCAAAAAUGUUUCGCCCGUAUCUUGGGACAAGCUACCAGCCAGCGCGUCCCGAAACUCCAGACAGACCCCCAAGCCCUGUUUGCUCUAGUCGUGAAUCUACUCGCCGCUACCAGACGCUCAACUCAAGUCCAGUCGAAGCUGUCGUCUCGUCUUACUCGGUGGUUUGAUUUCCUGCUGGAGGAGUACCCUCCCAAUGUGAAUACCGAGGAUGAGAGUGACGUCCUUGAGCAGUUGGGUGCAUAUGCUCGCAACCAGAAUGCCGGUACAUGGGCCGAAGCCGACGGAGUGUCGUGGCUGGAUGAUGAGAGUGGAUGGCUGGAAUCAAAGUGGUUACAAUGGGCUUGGCGGGUAGUUAAUGGGGAGAUGGUGUUGAUUCCACUUGACCCGCUGCAAGUAUUGGCGACUGGCAGCCCAGCGAUGCCGAAGCAGGCGGUGCUGUAUGUGCCGCAGGAGUAG